AGGUGGGGGCAAUCAUGGUGCCGCUUGGGAGGGGAGUAGCUGCUGCUGCCGCCGCCGCCGCCGCCACCGCCGCCGCCGUUGCCGGGAGCCGCGGAGAAAGGUCAUUACCUUUUCAUUUCUCAAAACUGAGCUGAGCACGAUUGAACCAUGGGAGAACACAGUCCGGACGACAACAUCAUCUUCUUUAAGGCGGAGGAAGAUGACCUGACCCCCGAUGACAAGAUGCUCAGGUUUGUGGAUGAAAAUGGACUGGUGCCUUCCUCUUCUGGAACUGUUUAUGAUAGGACCACUGUUCUUAUUGAGCAGGACCCUGGCACUUUGGAGGAUGAAGAUGACGAUGGACAGUGUGGAGAACACUUGCCUUUUCUAGUAGGGGGUGAAGAGGGCUUCCUAAUAGACCAGGAAGCAAUGUCCCAGGGUUACGUGCAACACAUUAUCUCACCAGAUCAGAUUCAUUUGACUAUAAACCCUGGUUCCACACCCAUGCCAAGAAAUAUCGAAGGUGCAACCCUUACUCUGCAGUCGGAAUGUCCAGAAACGAAACGCAAAGAAGUGAAGCGGUACCAGUGCACCUUUGAGGGCUGCCCCCGUACCUACAGCACAGCAGGUAACCUGCGCACCCACCAGAAGACACACCGAGGAGAGUACACCUUUGUCUGUAAUCAGGAGGGCUGUGGCAAGGCCUUCCUCACCUCCUACAGCCUCAGGAUCCACGUGCGAGUGCACACGAAGGAGAAGCCAUUUGAGUGUGAUGUGCAGGGCUGCGAAAAGGCAUUCAACACACUGUACAGGUUGAAAGCACAUCAAAGGCUUCACACAGGGAAAACGUUUAACUGUGAAUCUCAAGGCUGCAGCAAAUACUUCACCACACUCAGUGAUCUGAGGAAGCACGUUCGAACCCACACAGGAGAAAAGCCAUUUCGAUGUGAUCACGAUGGCUGUGGAAAAGCAUUUGCAGCAAGCCACCACCUUAAAACUCAUGUCCGAACACACACUGGUGAAAGACCCUUCUUCUGUCCUAGUAACGGCUGUGAGAGAACAUUCAGCACUCAAUACAGUCUCAAGAGUCACAUGAAAGGUCAUGAUAACAAAGGACAUUCUUACAAUGCACUUCCACAACACAAUGGAUCAGAGGAUACAAAUCACUCACUUUAUUUGAAUGAGUUGGGUCUUCUGUCCACAGAUUCUGAAUUACAAGAAAAUUCCAGUAUAACCCAGGACCAGGACCUCAGCACAAUUUCACCAGCAAUCAUCUUUGAAUCAAUGUUUCAGAAUUCAGAUGAUACAGCAAUUCAGGAAGAUCCUCUGCAGACAGCUGCCUUGAUUGAAAGUUUUAAUGGUGAUGCAGAGUCAGUCAAUGAUGUUCCGCCACCCACAGGAAAUUCAGCAUCUUUAUCUCUCCCGCUUGUACUGCAGCCUGGCAUCUCCACACCACCUCAGCCUCAUCUACCAGCCUCAGCUCCAUCUGCUCCUCCGCCUGCUCCCUCCCUAGAACCUGGUUCCCAGAAAGCUGCAUUUGGCAACCCCCCUGCUCUCUUACAACCUCCAGAAGUGCCUGUUUCCCACAGCACACAGUUUGCUGCUAAUCAUCAGGAGUUUCUUCCGCACCCCCAGGUACCCCAGCCCAUUGUACCAGGACUUUCUGUUGUUGCUGGGGCUUCUGCACCGGCAGCAGCAGUGGCAUCGGCUGUGGCAGCACCAGCCCACCCACAAAGUACUACUGAGCCCCUGCCAGCCAUGGUCCAGACUCUGCCCCUGGGUGCCAACUCUGUCUUAACUAAUAAUACCACUAUAACCAUCGCCCCGAAUUCCAGCACGGCCAUUCUGCAGCCCAGCCUGGUCAUGAGAGAGCAGAAUUUACAAUGGAUAUUAAAUGGUGCAACCAGUUCACCACAAAACCAAGAACAAAUUCAGCAAGCGUCUAAAGUUGAACAGGUGUAUUUUACCACCGCAGUACCAGUAGCCAGUAGCACAGGGAGCUCUGUCCAACAGUUUGGCCUCAGUGUUCCUGUGAUCAUCAUCAAACAAGAGGAGGCAUGUCAGUGUCAGUGUGCAUGCCGGGACUCUGCGAAGGAGCGGGCAUCCGGCCGGAGAAAGGGCUGUUCUUCCCCACCCCCUCCCGAGCCAAACUCCCAGCCUCCUGAUGGGCCCAGCCUGCAACUACCACCCUAGACUUUUCCAGUCCCUUUCCCCCUCGUCAUCUUCCUCCACGGGACUCUGUUCCUGUGAGCAAAGUCAACAGGCCAAGGCUCCUUCCACCCCUCACAUCGAAAUGUUAAGUGCCAUGGAUGUGUCAGAGUUCCUGUCCCUCCAGAACCUGGACACCUGUCCAAUCUGAUUUGCAUUGAAGCACUACUGCAGGGGGUGGAGGAGAUGGGGCCUGACCAGCAGCUUCUCCAGGGGAAAGGCCUGUGCGUGCUCACCCCCUGGAAAAGGGGGAACAGGAAGCGUGAAGCGUGAUGCCUGCCAUCAUGGGGUCAGAAAUUGGAAGGAUGAAGAAGUCUGCUGUUUGAAAGCCUCAUCUUCCAGAUGUAUUUUCUUUAUUCACAUCCCAGGAGUACCCAUUUUACUGACCUGAUCUUUUGGAAAAAAAAAAAAAGAAAGAAAAAGAAGAAGAAGCUAAGUUAUAAGUGAACUGUUUGGCUGCACUGUAUGUCACUUUUGCUUAUUGUUAUGUGAACUUGGAAAUUAAGGUUACUCGUAUGCAUAAAAAUACUAAAUGAAAGGAUGUGGUUUCCAUCACCCUGGUACUGCCCAUCCUUUGCACUGGUUUGUUUUUUUUUGUUUUUGUUUUUGGAUUGGGCAGGAGAAAGUUCACUAUGUUGGGUAUUGCUCUUCCCCAUAUGUCUUUGACUCUGAGGCUAAUAUUUGUCUGGAAAGUCCAACCUUUGCAUCACAGUGAGCAGUAGAGGGGCAGCUGAGACAGAUGUUAAUUGGCUCAGAUGGUUUUGUUGUUUGCACUUGGCAUUGGUGAAUCUCCAGGUUGAUGCUGCAGAGGUUGUCCAGUUCAGCACAGACGGGUGGCUUCAAGCCUGGCCCAUGGCUGUGAGUGACAGUUGUGUCAGGGAUGUAGACAAAUUUCCAACUGCUAUCUGUUGAUGAUGUGUGUGCAGAGCAGGCUCUAGCAACACAACUUCAGUCUUUGCCUUCCUUGUUCUUUCUGCCUCUCAGUUGCUUGCCAAGAGCUUGUGGGUCACACUGCAUUUUUCCUGGGGAACACCCCUGCUUUGUCUUACAGUGAACACAUGGCUUGUGGCCUGUCACUAGCCAGAGGUCCGCUUCCUUUAACAGUGUUUUCCUCCUCAGAGAAGAAGGGUUGCAUCUUGCUUGCUUUCUCAGGGGAAGGUGCAGUUUGAAGGAAGUGUGAGAGUUGACAGGUGAUUGGCAGGCAGGUCUUGUGGUUCCAGGUUCUCUAGCCAGGCUUUAGGUUGUUCUCUACCAUCUCCACCGCUCUGAUUUUGCAUAAGCUUAGUACACAGUGCAAAGAAGAAUGUGACUCUCAGCUUAGUCACAUAAAUUCUAAAAAAAAAGAAAAAAGAAAAAAAUCACAAAAACAAAAAAAUAACUACAAACAAUGACCUUUUACUCAGGGUAAAAAAAAAAAUCCCCUUCCACCAAAAAGCCUGAAAUGUUGCAAUAAGUUAUCUCAUUUGGAACAUUUCAUUAAGUUGUGCUAUAGGAAAAACAAACUUUUUGAUUUGUAUAUAGAAUUGUAUCCAUCUGUCUGCCUUUGGCUCCAAGUCAUUGCCUCUUAAAAUAAAACAUAAAAUACAAUCCACAUGAGAAUGAAAAGUUGCUCUCUUUUGGCUACAUAAUGUAGUCAUGAGUGCUCAGCAAGCUCAGACACCAGCUGUGUGGCCAGAGGUGUAGAAUUGGCAUGUCUCCCAAGAACCCUUCCCCUGCUUCCAGCAAGGAGCAGGGUCUACACACCAGGCAAUGAGAGAUCUGUAUUGGUCAUUCUCCUGCUCUUUGAGCCAUUACUCAGGCCCACCAAGACUUCAAGACUGACCUUGAAGCCAAAGAUAGAGCCUUUAGCCUGAAUUUCAGGAACAAACUUGGAUAAGAGGGUAGUGGCAGCACUGUCACUGUGUAAGUGAGACCUCAGAGCAAGUAGCUGGUUCUCAUCCCAACAGUCUGACCAUAGUUGAUUUCUUUUUGUCCUGCACUCCCCUCCUGCAAAAGGCUGGUGGUCUCGGCAUCCACUGGCCUCAGCACAAGUUGAUAAGGUGAGAAGAAUCUUCUGUUACCACAGUGGCUUCAUCCUCCUGAGAAACCCAGCAUUGAGCAUGAAUUUCCCUGGCUGACUGGCCCAGACUCCCAUAGGAGUUUUUGAGUGUAGGCCCUUGAUGUUUUCCAUACAACCUGUGAGAGGCCAAGUGGAUGGGACCCUAAAGUGAGCUUGACCUCCCCAGGUUCCCAUCCUCAGAUCACCCAGGAUUCCGGGCCUAGGGAAGGACACGUGCAAGUUUAGGUAUUGUUUCUUCCUGGUUAGUCAGGGCAUUGGUCCCUUUCCAUACAAGUGGCUUUUCAUGCUCCACAGACUUGGGGUGAAGAAGCAUCUUAAGUAGUGUUUAUGCUGACAGACUUUCCUACUUGAAGUGUCUGCCUUAUGUGGAUGAUUUUAGACUUUACGAGAGAGGCUUAGCUGAUCCCAUCCACUUUGGGAAAAUCAGGAAUGUGUUUCACAUGUCAGGGAGUGGUGGUGCAGAGCAGGUGAAUUCCACAGGGUAGGCAGACUUUGCUUCCACACUGUCCCAGCACUUCUUCCCUCCCAUCUUCCUUCCGCAAGUCGGGCCUCUAGUACCGGGGACCUUAGAGAAGAAAGGGCCCCUGGUUAUGUUGGAGCCAGAAAGAACUUUGAUGGAGAAUGUGUUUUCCUGACCCUGGGAGCAAACCUGGGGUAUGAGGAUAGAAAAGAUAAGCGAGCUCUACCAUCUUCCCACAGUAACCUCAGCCACUGUCCCCCCCUCCCCCAUUGACCUAUACUUGAGCUUCCAGCUGGACUGCCCCCUUCAGAGGAUGGUUUGGGAACUCAGGUGGUAAAGAGACUAUCUAGCACCCCUAUACUCCUGGGUGAAUUUGGCCUUCCCCAGGCAGAGAGUUGAGGGAAAAGUGGUCAAUCUUCCCUGGCCAGUCUUGGAAGCACCAUUAUUUUGGUGACCAGAGUAGUGUCAUGAGAGGCUUUAAGACGCAAGACAACAAGGGGCUACUUUCUCCUCACCACUUCCCAGAGAAUCGAUGGCUGCAAAGUGCUCAUUUUCAGGGUCAAGGCAGCAGACUGGUGGGGAUAAUGGAGGGCAGAUGGGUUUUCCUGAGACUGUGUAUAAUGCUGAAUGUGUCCAGAGGGACAAGUUUGCAGAACCUCAUCUUGGUAUGUUAAAGAAAUAAUAAAAUUAAAAAGCACUUUAGGUUAUUUUAUCUUUAACCCAAUUGCUGCAAUUUCUGUUGUGUGUGUAUAUGUAUAUAUACAUAUAUGCGCGUGUACACAUAAAUACAUAUACAUAUAUAUACAUAUACACACACAUAAAUACUUUCCGAAACAAAGUUUUAUUUUUUGCUCACAGUAAAAAGUUAAAUUGAGGUGU